CAAAUCUUCUACUUAUCAGUGAGUGAGAGAGAGAGAGAGAGAGAGUGAGUGAGUGUGUGUGUGGGAGAGAGAUGGAUGCGCUAGUGAAAGUACCGUAUGAUGCUACAGCGCGGCUGAUGGUAGCUUCGCUGGAGCGCAACCUACUACCGGACGCAGUGAUAAGGAGGCUCACUCGCCUUCUAUUAUCCACUCGUCUCCGUUCCGGUUACCAACCCUCUUCCGACCUUCAACUCUCUCACCUCCUCCAUUUUGCCCAUUCUUUGAGAGAAAUGCCUAUAGCCAUCAAGACUGAGACUGCAAAAUCUCAACAUUAUGAACUACCUACCUCUUUCUUCAAACUUGUUCUUGGAAAGCAUCUCAAAUACAGCUGUUGUCUCUUCACUGAUGCGUCAAAGACCUUAGAGGAUGCUGAGAAAGCAAUGUUAGAGUUGUACUGUGAGAGGGCACAGAUAAAAGAUGGUCACUCUGUUCUCGAUGUUGGAUGUGGGUGGGGAUCACUUUCUUUGUACAUUGCACAGAAGUAUAGUAAUUGCAAGGUUACAGGGAUUUGCAACUCAACGACGCAGAGAGCAUAUAUUGAGGAGCAGUCUCGGGAUCUUCAGCUUCAGAAUUUGGAGGUCAUUGUUGCAGAUAUUGGCACAUUUGAUAUGGAUGCAUCCCAUGACAGAAUAUUUUCCAUUGAAAUGUUUGAGCAUAUGAAGAACUACAGGGAUCUUCUUAAGAAGAUAUCCAAGUGGAUGAAACCAGAUAGCCUUCUUUUUGUACAUCAUUUCUGCCAUAAAGCAUUUGCUUAUCACUUUGAGGAUGUCAAUGAAGAUGACUGGAUUACUAGGUACUUCUUCACUGGAGGUACAAUGCCAUCAGCAAAUCUACUUCUUUAUUUUCAGGAUGAUGUUUCUGUAGUCAAUCAUUGGCUUAUGAACGGGAAGCAUUAUGCGAAGACAAGCGAAGAGUGGCUUAAAAGAAUGGACAAAAAUUUGAGUUCCAUAAAACCAAUAAUGGAGUCAACUUACGGCAAGGAUUCUGCUGUCAAGUGGACCGUCUAUUGGAGAACAUUCUUCAUGGCAGUUGCAGAACUCUUUGGGUAUAACAAUGGUGACGAAUGGAUGGUUGCACUUUUCCUUUUCAAGAAGAAAUGAAUUAAUUCAUGUAAUCUCAAAAAACAAAAACAAAAACAAAUGCUUCCAUUGUUGUUGUAACUUGUAUGGGUCAUGGAUUUUGAUUGUAAUAUGCUUCCAUUGUUGUUGUAUGUCUUGGAUUUUUGUUGUUGUAUGUCUUGGAUUUUGGUUGGUAACAUUGGGAAGUAAAAACAAUAUUGCAUUGCUUGAGAUGAAUAAGAAAAUAAUUCCAUCAAUAAUCAC